AUGUCUGCAUACGAGAACGUGAUAGGUGGGAAGCUGAAGCUGAAGGGUAAAGCACUGGACGUGGAAGCUGGCGGCAUUACUAAAAAGAAGAAGAAGAAACACAGUCACAAGAAGCAUCAUGAUCUUGAUCAAUAUGCAGCAGAUGGAAAUACAGCAUUAUCAAUCGUUCAUGCUGAGGAUAUAAACGAGACAGGCAAAUAUGAUGAACACGGGCAGACUGGAAAGUAUGAUGAUCAUCUUACACCAGCUGAGAAGCAAUAUCUCCUGCAGUGGGAGAAAAUUGAUCUCCAGAGGAUGGCUAAGAUGGCCAGCAAAUCUCAUCGUGAUCGGAUUCAGGAAUUCAAUCAAUAUCUGGCUAAUCUAAGUGAGCAUUAUGACAUUCCUAAGGUGGGACCUGGUUAG